AGGGCUGACUUUAAAAAUGGUAGCCGGCGCCGUGGACCAGCAAUUGCUGGCUUUCCUGCUGCUCACGGUUUCCGAGUCUCUUCUUGUUCCUCAGCAGCCUGAACGCCCAUCACCAUGAAGACCUCUGUUGUCCUCCCCGUCGUCCUCCUCCAGGCCGCCACCGUCAGCGCCUGGGGCAAGCUCGGCCAUGCCACCGUCGCGUCUGUUGCUCAGCAGUAUCUCACCCCCAACACCGUGAAGCAGGUCCAGACCAUCUUGGGCGACAACUCGACCAGUUAUAUGGGCAACAUUGCGUCGUGGGCUGACUCUUUCCGCUAUGAGUCGGCGGCCAAUGCGUGGUCCGCCGGUCUUCAUUUCGUGAACGGCCAUGACGCCCCUCCCCCGGAGAGCUGCCACCUUGUCCUCCCGGAGGACUGCCCUCCUGAGGGCUGUGUCGUUUCCGCUAUCGGAAACUACACCGAGCGUGUGCAGAUGAAGAACAUCACUGCCGACCAAAAGGCGCAGGCUCUCAAGUUCAUCGUCCACUUUUUGGGUGAUAUUGCCCAGCCUCUGCACACCGAAGGCUUCGGCGAGGGAGCCAACAACAUCACCGUCACCUUCCAGGGUUACAAGACCAACUUGCACGCCGCCUGGGACACCUCAAUCCCCAACGCCAUGCUCGGCAUUUCCCCUCCGACCAGCGCCGCCAACAUCACCAGCGCCGACUUUUUGGGGUGGGCCAACAACCUCGCCGCCAAGAUCAACCAGGGCCAGUACCGCAAGGACGUCCGCAGGUGGUUGCGUUACCACUCGGUCGCCACAAGGAAGGCUUCCGAGCGCGCGGCUGCCGCUUGGGCCCAAGAUGGCAAUGAGGAGGUCUGCCACUACGUCAUGAAGGUUCCCGGCAAUCAGCUGAACGGUACCGAGAUUGGCGGUGAUUACUACAAGGGCGCUACCGAGGUCGUUGAGCGCAGCAUUAUCAAGGGCGGCAUCAGACUGGCGGGCUGGUUGAACUUGAUCUUUGACAACCGCACCGGCUUCGAGUUCUGGCACUAAGUUUGUCUGUAGGCUUGAUGGCUGUGUGAAUGUCGGUACCAGGCUACUGCUGGUAGACGGGCGACUGAUCGGCUGUAAUAUAUAAAUUGUGUGAUACCCCUAGAGGCUUUUUCGUUUCCCAGUUGUGACAUAGAUGUUGAACUGUGCUUGGAAAACGGGACUUCCUCUUAUGUUGUAUCUCAAAGAUGACAAUGGUCGUCCUUUAUCAAGUUUGCUUGACAUAUUGGUCACUUGGCAACUCUGUGCUUCGAUGGAACGAUCAAUGGAAAUUGAUAACACACGAAGCAGCCGAUGACUGAUCGACGUAUAGCGCUUGAUGCUCGGCUCGCUAAUGGUUCAUAGGUGUGACUAGUUAACGGGUUAAUUUUAUAGACCUGACGAGUAUCGAAGUGAACUUAUUGGUGAAGAAGACUCGAUACAUUCCUUGGCCAUAUGGCCGACUGUGGCACCCGGCUUCAAACCUGCGGCGGGUCUGAGGGUGG